AUGUCUUCUGUGCAACAGUAGCCUAAUUCACAUUUGGCAACAUGUUGAAAGUGGUUGUUGAAUCCGCCAAAGGAAUUCCUAAAAAGACACUUGGAAUUCCAGAUCCUAUAGCAGGAGUUAUCUUUAAGGGUGAAAAAAAGAAAACAAAAGCCAUUGACAAAGAAUUAAAUCCUGUGUGGAAUGAGAUUAUUGAGUUUGAUUUGAAAGGUACCCCGCUGGAUUCCUCUUCAUUCAUUGAUGUGGUUGUGAAAGACUAUGAAACCAUUGGAAAAGACAAAUUUAUUGGUUCGGCUAAGAUCUCUCUUAAAGAACUGGCUGCUGGUCAGACCAGAUCUCUCCCUUCCAAGAAUAUUCCACUGAUUAAUGAGAAGAAACAGGAAAUUGGGGCAACUAUCAGUUUAACGAUUGGUUAUGAGCCUCCUGCAAGUACUGUCCCGAACCCAAAUGAUCAAAACAUGGGAGAUGGCCAAACUGGAGAAACUGCAGUUGGUGAAGAGGAGAAAGGUGUUGAUAGUGAUGAAGAUGCAGGUGGGGCUGAGCCAGGGGCACCUGGAGUUUCUCCCUCUGGACAGCCAAAAAAGAUGGUCCGUACAACUCGGAAGCGACAAAGAACUUUGGCCAACAAACCCCAAGAUUUCCAGAUCCGUAUCCGAAUAAUUGAGGGUCGACAGUUACCCGGCAAUAACAUAAAGCCAGUCGUCAAAGUAAGUGUGUGCGGACAGACACACAGAACGAGGAUCCGAAGAGGAAACAAUCCAUUCUUUGAUGAGAUUUUCUUCUACAAUGUCAACAUGUUGCCUUCUGAACUUUUUGAUGAGAGCAUCAUGAUUCGGGUGUAUAAUGCCUACUCCCUUAGAGCAGACAGUCUUAUGGGGGAGUUUAAGCUGGAUGUCGGCUAUGUCUAUGAUGAGUCUGGCCAUGCAAUCAUGAGGAAAUGGUUACUGCUAAGUGACCCUGAUGACUCAGCCUCUGGAGCCAGAGGUUACCUGAAAGUCAGUAUGUUCAUAGUAGGCACCGGAGACGAGCCACCGGUGGAAAAGCGAGAAGCCAAUGAGGAACAGGAUGACAUUGAAAGUAACUUGCUGCUGCCAGCUGGAGUCGCUUUAAGAUGGGCUACACUGAGUCUGAAAAUCUACCGUGCUGAAGACAUGCCACAAAUGGAUGAUGCAUUUGCCCAGACAGUAAAGAACAUAUUUGGUGGAACAGAUGAAAAGAAAAAUUUGGUGGAUCCUUUUUUAGAAGUCAGUUUUGCUGGCAAAAAGGUGUGUACAAAGAUAGUAGAGAAGAAUGCCAAUCCAGAGUGGAAUCAGCUGAUUCACCUGCAGGUUAAGUUCCCAUCAAUGUGUGAACGCAUCAAACUUACUGUAUUUGACUGGGAUCGGCUGUCAAGGAAUGACGUUAUUGGGACCACAAACCUUAAUCUGACGAAAAUAGCAUCAUCUGGGGGCGAAAUUGAGGAAUCACCCUCAGAAAAUGGACUGCCUCCUUCCUUUAAUGUGGACACCACAGAAUCUGGGGUUGGAUUUCUUCCAGCUUUUGGGCCUUGUUAUAUUAACCUUUAUGGAAGUCCAAGAGAAUUUACUGGUCUACCUGACCCAUACGAGGAUCUGAAUUAUGGCAAGGGUGAAGGGGUGGCGUAUCGGGGGAGGGUUCUGAUCGAGCUCUCCACUCAGCUGGAUGAAAAAACUGACAAGAAAGUGGAAGACAUUCCAAACGAUGACAUUUUGGUGGCACAGAAGUACCAGCGGAGAAGGAAGUAUUCCUUAUGCGCCGUGUUCCACAGUGCCUGCAUGCUUCAGGAGCCUGGAGAACCCAUUCAGUUUGAGGUCAGCAUUGGAAACUAUGGAAAUAAACUGGAUUCUACAUGCAAACCUCUGGCCUCCACCACUCAGUUUAGCUGUGCUGUUUUUGAUGGAAAUCAGUAUUAUUACUUGCCCUGGGCUGAUUCUAAGCCUGUUGUUAUCCUCACUUCUUUCUGGGAGGACAUAAGUCACCGUAUGGAUGCGGUGAACAUCAUUCUCUACAUUUCUGACCGACUGCAAUCCAACAUUGUCUCUCUGAAGACGGCGCUCCUGGCUAAAGUGUCUGACUCUCGUCUAGCUGAGAUUUGGCUGAAGCUUAUCACCCAACUCAUCGAUGACCUUUCCAGUUACCAGUUACCAAAUUUGGAGGGUAAGCCGAAUCUGACAGCGCUUGAUAUUCAGAUUAAGAAUCUGCGUGACAAAACCUUGGCCAGUGUCAAAGAGGCGGCCAUUCGCAUGAGGGAGGAGGCUGUUGAUGUUAGAGCCACAAUGCCUGAUAUAGAGGACUGGCUGGAGCGACUACAGCAGAUCACAGAGGAGCCUCAGAACAGUAUGCCUGAUGUUAUCAUAUGGAUGCUGAGAGGAGAGAAACGUGUGGCCUACGCCCGAAUCCCAGCCAAUCAGGUUCUCUACUCAACCCACAGUGAGCAGGCCAUCGGCAAGUACUGCGGCAGGAUGCAAAGCAUCUUUAUGCAGUACCCAAUGGACAAAAACAAAGGUCUCAAGAUCCCCGUGCAGCUGCGUGUGAACAUGUGGAUGGGUCUGUCUGCACAUGAGAAGAAUUUCAACAGCUUUGCAGAGGGAACAUUCAGUGUGUAUGCAGAGAUGUACGAGAAUCAGGCUCAGGUUUUUGGGAAGUGGGGAACCACAGGUCUAGUUGGCCGGCAUAAGUUUUCGGACGUGACAGGAAAAAUAAAACUGAAGCAGGAACGUUUCAUGCCGCCCCGGAGCUGGGAGUGGGAAGGAGACUGGUUGAUUGACCCCGAGCGCUGUCUGCUUACAGAGGCUGACGCAGGACAUUCUGAAUUCACAGAUGAGGUCUACCAAAACGAAACUCGCUUCCCUGGUGGUGAAUGGAAACCUGCCGCCGAACCUUUUACUGAUGUGAAUGGAGAGAAGGCCCAGAAGCCUCAAGAAAUUGAGUGUCCUCCAGGAUGGAUUUGGGAGGAUGACUGGAAUUUUGACAUUAACAGGGCAGUGGACGAGAAAGGAUGGGAAUACGGUGUCACCAUUCCUCCUGAUGAUAAGCCCAGGUCCUGGGUUGCUGCUGAGAAAAUGUACCACAUCCAUCGCAGGAAAAGACUGGUCCGACCCCGCAGGAAGAUAUCAGACACACCCACUACAGAGAAGAAAGACAUUGGCGAUGGCUGGGAAUACUCGUCUCUGAUUGGGUGGAAGUUCCACAGGAAGGAGCGUUCUUCAGACACAUUCCGCCGCAGGCGCUGGAGGAGGAAAAUGGCACCAGCUGAACGUGUGGGAGCAUCGGCUAUCUUUAACCUGGAAGGGGCUUUGGGAAUAGAUGAGGACGAAAAAGGCAGCAAAAAGGACACGACUAAACUCUUUGGUGCCAACACACCCACUGUGUUUUGCAGAUUUGACAAGUCAUUCAUCUACCAUCUCAGAGUCUAUGUAUAUCAAGCCAAGAAUCUUUUGCCUAUGGACAAAGACAGCUUUUCUGAUCCCUAUGCGCAUGUGUCAUUCUUGCAUGUCAGCAAGACAACAGAGAUCGUUAAGUCCAGUCUCAACCCCACAUGGGACCAAACUCUUAUUUUUGAUGACAUUGAAAUCUACGGAGACCCUCAGUCCAUCGCUCAUAACCCACCCAGUGUGGUUCUGGAAGUUUAUGAUAAUGACCAAGUGGGGAAGGAUGAGCCGAUGGGCAGAUGCACGUGUCCUCCAGUAGUGAAGCUGAAUCCUGCCACCCAAUUAACACCUAAACUCCUUUGGUACCCCAUUACCAUGAAGGGACGAAAUGCAGGAGAAAUGCUGGUAGCAGCUGAGCUCUUGCUUAAAGAUAAGGCAAAUGACGUUAACCUUCCCCUGGUCCCACCUCGAAGAAGUGAGAAUCUGUACAUGGUUCCUCAGGGGAUCAGGCCUGUGGUGCAGCUCACCGCAGUCGAGAUCCUGACCUGGGGUUUAAGAAACAUGAAGGCAUAUCAGCUGGCUGCAGUGUCUUCCCCCAGCCUUAUAGUUGAAUGUGGAGGGCAGACUGUUCAGACAGCCAUCAUCAAAAACAUCAAGAAAAAUCCCAACUUCCCUGGAUCUCUCCUGUUCCUCAAAGUGCUUCUUCCUAAAGAUGAGAUAUACACUCCACCUAUUGUGCUCAAAGUUAUUGACCACAGGCCCUUUGGUCGGAAACCAGUCGUUGGACAGUGUACUAUAAACUCCCUGGAAGAGUUCAGAUGCAAUCCUUACAUAAGCACAACCGAAGUGGCUAUGUCUGCCAAGGUGGCCAUGAUGGCAUCAGCUCCCAGAGAUGUUGUCAUUGACAUGGGGGACAGAAUGCCCAGCCCUUCUAAACAGGAAGAGGAUACGGUGGACUGGUGGAGCAAAUUCUAUGCCUCCAUUAACGAGCAUGAAAAGUGCGGCCCUUAUCUCCAGAAAGGAUAUGACACUUUAACAGUCUUCAACACCGAGCUUGAGGCGGUCCCAGAAUUCAGAGGGCUGACAGACUUCUGCACUACAUUCAAGUUACAGAGGGGCAAAAUCGAGGAUGAGGAGGAAGACCCCUCUGUAGUGGGAGAGUUCAAGGGGUCGUUUCGAGUGUAUCCCUUAUCAGAUGACCCAAAUGUCUCAGACCCACCUCGGCAGUUUAGGGAGCUUCCUGAGAGCUGUCCUCAAGAGUGCUUGGUCAGAAUCCACAUCAUACGCUGCCUUGACCUGCAGCCCAAAGACAACAAUGGCAUGUGUGAUCCCUACAUAAAGAUUGCUCUGGGGAAGAAAAUUAUUGAUGACAGAGAUCACUACAAACCAAAUACUCUGAAUCCAGAAUUUGGAAGAGUGUUUGAACUGAGCGGCUACAUUCCACAAGACAAGGACUUGAAGAUUUCCAUCUAUGAUUAUGACCUGCUUAGCGCUGAUGAGAAGGUUGGGGAAACAGUCAUAGACCUUGAGAAUCGACUUCUUUCUCGGUUCCGCUCACAUUGUGGAAUCCCUAAAUCUUACUGUGUAUCUGGAGUGAACCAGUGGAGGGACCAGCUCAAACCAUCUCAGAUCCUACAGAAUUUGGCCAGGUUGAGAGGAACUCCUGCUCCUCAGAUCGCAGAUGAUGGAAGUUUCCUGUCAUUUGGAGGACGAGAGUACAGGCUAGAUGAACUGGAGGCCAAUAAAACCAUCCAUCCACAUCUGGGCCCACCUAAGGAGCGAAUCUGCUUGCAUGUGUUGAGGAGGCAAGGCCUCGUCCCAGAGCAUGUGGAGACCAGGACCCUUUACAGCACCUACCAGCCCACUCUCUCUCAGGGCAAAGUCCAGAUGUGGGUUGAAAUAUUCCCCAAAAGCCUUGGUAUUCCAGGACCCCUUUGUGACAUCACUCCUCGCAAACCCAAGAAGUAUUUCCUGCGAGUCAUUGUUUGGAAUACGACUGAAGUCAUUCUGGAUGAAACCAGCAUCACAGGAGAAAACAUGAGUGACAUCUAUGUGAAAGGGUGGAUGCCAGGUAUGGAGGAGGACAAGCAGAAAACUGAUGUCCAUUACAGGUCUCUUGAUGGAGAUGGAAAUUUCAACUGGAGAUUUGUCUUUGGUUUUGAUUAUUUGCCAGCAGAACAGAUGUGUAUGGUGUCUAGAAAGGAACACUUCUGGAAUCUAGACAAAACUGAGUUCAGGAUCCCUCCUAAACUGAUCAUUCAGAUCUGGGACAAUGACAAAUUCUCCUUGGAUGAUUACUUGGGCACGGUGGAGUUGGAUAUGCUUCACCUUAUCCCUCCAGCUAAGACCCCUGAAAAGUGCUCUUUAAGCAUGCUAAACCAAACAGGCAAAAACCUCACGCCUACAUCACUCUUCUCCCAGAAGUCAGUGAGAGGCUGGUGGCCUUGUGCCAUGGAGGAAGAUGGGAAAAAAAUCCUGGCUGGUAAAGUGGAGAUGACACUGGAAGUGGUGGAAGAGAAGGAGGCAGAAGAGAGGCCAGCUGGGAAAGGAAGAGAUGAACCCAACAUGAACCCCAAACUAGAUCUUCCAAACCGUCCAGAUACGUCCUUCCUUUGGUUCACAAAUCCAUGCAAGACCAUGAAAUUCAUAAUAUGGCGCAGAUACAAAUGGCUCUUUAUUGGACUCAUUAUUCUCAUACUGGUACUCCUGUUUGUUGGAAUCCUCCUGUAUUCCUUACCUAACUACAUUUCCAUGAAAAUCGUGAAGCCAUUUUAAUUGGAAAAUUACAAGAUACAGGCGCAGCAACCUGCAAUGGGACACAACCAAUAGAGAACCAGCAGAACAUUUUUUUUUAUGUAUUUUCCUCUUUCUUUCCCCUCCAAAAAUACUUGAAUGUAUAACCUUCACCAAGUGCUAUUUUUUUUCUUUGUAGAAAACACUGGAUUGGCAGAUUACUAUGCUGCAAGAAGUUACACUAUAAUUGUCUGAGUUCCAGUCCCUUACUAUGUUUAUUUUCUUUGUUAAUAAUAUGCACACAAGAUUAAAUUUAUGCUUAUGUUGUGCUGUUGUAGAAUUAUGUGGUUUAUACAGUGCAUACUGUAGAAGUUAUUUACCAUGAUAUUUUAAGUAUGCUGUUUUGAUCAACUAAAAUCAGAUGUAUCUGCUCCUUUGUGCUUCAUUAUACAUUAAACGACUAUUUUUUGUA